AUGUUCGCCGCCACGACCCGCGUGGCCGCUCCCGCCGCGGCGGUGCAGUCGCAGCGCCGCUCUGUCCGCGCGGCCGCGAGCGGCGUCCCGCGCCGCGACGUGAUGCUGGCUGGCGGGGCACUCAUGGGCUUGAUGGCGAGCCCUGCGAUGGCGGAGGGCGAGAUCGCGACCAGGAAGGUGGGCGAGAUCUCCGUCGACUCGCUGUCUGGCUUCCAGCGCUCGGCGCAGCGCGACGCGAUGCUGGCUCGCAUCAACACGUACCUGAAGGAGGGCCUGACCUACGAGGACGCCUCCACUUGCCUGCGCCUCGUCCUCAACGACGCCGCCACGUUCGACCUGCCCUCCAAGACGGGCGGCAUGGACGGGAGCGUCGUGUUCGAGCUGGACCGUCCGUGCAACAAGGGCCUGGACGCCACGGUGGCCAAGCUGAAGGGCAUCAAGGCGAAGAUCGACGAGGAGAGCACCAAGGUCGGGCAGGGCGAGGUGUCCUGGGCGGACCUGCUGGUGUGCGCGGGCCGCAUCGCCACGCUCGCGCUGUGGCGGAAGCAGAAGGUUGACAAGGCACAGAUCCCCUCGGGCGGCGAGACCAUCGCCACCGCGUUCGGCGCCGACUGGCCCGUGCGCCUCGGGCGCGUCGACGCGACGGAGGCCGGCCCGAACGUGGCGGUGCCGCAGCCGGGCGACGACGUGGAGACCAUCAAGGAGUUCUUCUUCAAGCUCAACUACAAGAAUGCCGGGGAGCCCAUCUCGCGUUUCGGACCCAAGCCGCCCUUCUGGUACAAGCCGACCUUGCUGCUGCUCGGUGCGGCCUCCACGGACAUGAACGCGGAGGAGGAGCGCCUCGUGGCCGCGGACGAGGCGUUCAAGAACGGCAAGGUCGGGUACGACCGCAGCCGGCGGACGGUGACCCGCACGGACUACGAGGUGGACUUCGUGACCUUCUACACCAACCUGACCAACCUCGGAGCGAAGUUCGACAACAAGAAGUACCUCGUGCCCGUCUCCGUCGACCUCCCGAAGAAGCUCUAG